CCACAACAGCCGAUUUCGCGACGAUCUCGCGACGAUCCUCACGUAGCUCUAUCGCAACUUCAUCACGCCCAAAGCUUCCCAUCUUCUACACCUUGCCUUGGUACAUCCAUUUCACAGAUUCAAGUCAAGAUGCCUCCACGCCACCAAACCCUGCCCUCCGCGCAAACGGCCUCGGCCCGCGCAGCUCUGCAAUCCUUCUACUGUGACCUCUGCUCCAAAGGCUACAGCCGCAUGAACGACUACGAGGCCCACCUUUCCAGCUACGACCACACCCACCGCCAGCGCAUGAAGGACAUGAAGCAGAUGGUCAAGGACCCGACCGCCGCCGCGCGAGCACGAAAGACGGAGCAGAAGGCCGACGGCAUUAUUAGUAUUAAGCUCGGCGAUGCCGGGGGUGCGAACGCGAAUAAUGCGAACACGGGUGCGGGAAAUGGUGCUGCUGGUGGAUUCAAAAAGGGCGGGUUCAAGAAAAGUGGAUUUAAGAGUGCUUUUGCACCUGCGGGGAGAGCGAGCGAUGAGGGAGGGGGUACGAAAGAGGUAGAAAAGAAGAUUUUGGGGGAUGCGGAUGAGAGUGAUACCGAGGAUGAGGGGUAUGAGGUGUACGAUCCCAGGGUUCCGACGGACUAAACGAGGACCUGCCGAUUACAUCGAACCGACAGGAACGCGAGCCGCGUUGUAUCCACCGUAGUGCCACGACACAAGGAUCACGAUGUAAUGCAGCAUUGAUGAUGAGGUCUCAGCGGCGGUUUGGAAGUUCAAACACCCAAGUGUAGAAGCCACGGGCAUGGGGAUUCACUCCAGAUUUCACCCUCUGGGAGCAUAGAGAAGCCAUGCGCUCGCGUUUUGAUUCCGGGAUAGAGGACGGGUAUUGGUCUUAGACACCCCAUGCGCAACUCUCCAAGUAUGC